UAUUCUACAAAAGUGAGACACAAAAAUACGUGAGAGUAAGAGUCUAAGAAAUAUACUUUGCUCUUCCUGCUCCAAGAUCUAAGCUGUCUUUGUGUCGCGGUUCGAUCGUGUGGUGUGCUAGCCAUUAGAGGGACUUCAAGUGAGGUUCUCAAGAAAGUAACCUGAUCGAAUCUGCUAAUUGGAGGCGCGCUACAAAGAUGUUGCCACCUCUUGAAGAAGUCAGUAAGAAUAGGCAAGAGGAGAAGCAGUGAUUUCAUCUACAUCAUCUUGCUGCACACUCUCGUGUCGUAAGUUUGUUUGACUCAGAGGAAUGAAAAAUGUUAUCAGAAUAUUUCGUUUUUGAGUUAUAUGUAUGGAAUCAGUGGCGUAUCCAGAAUUCCAACCCUAUGGGUUCGGAGCCAGUAAAAAAAAAACAUUCAGUCACUCAAAGUUGGAGUUCGUUGGCUCGUUGCUACUUGCUAGGGAUCACUGGGCCACAUGCUUCUUUCAUGUUUUAUUCUACACGCAUACUGUAUAUAUCUAAAAGACUUUUUAAAUUAAAAAAAAAACUGGGUAAUUUUUUUCGAAAAAUCACUGGUUCACCUGAACCCAGUGAACCCAUAGUAAAUCCGCUCCUGGGAACUAUGAAUCUUCAAAUAGUGCUAUGAAUCUGGUUGGGGUGUUCAAUUUUUUUCCUUUAAGUAGUGAGUUUGGUGAAUGUUUCUGCUUAAAUUGUUGGAUAUCAAUAUAUCAUGGGAUUCAUGGUUGUUAUUGAAAUAUAGUACUCAGAGUAGUGAACUAGUGAUUGUUGCCUUUGUUUCUUUUAUAUACCUGAUCUUAUAGUGCACUUUAGUCUUUAGAUAUAGCAAUUCACAACUGAUUUUGUUAUUUUUAUCUACUUGGCUAGAUUCUAAUUUCUAGUUAGUUAUAUUUGUUGGAGUUAGUAUAUGUGCCUUAGUUUUUCCUACUUCAAAAAGUUGGUUCAAAAGAACAAAAAGUAUCUUGUCCCACAUUGGUAGUGUAAAGAAAAUUUCCCUACCUUAUAUAGAGUUUCCUUCUUCAAACAUUUUUCAAAGGUUAAGUGGGAAGAAACUAGGCACCACGCGCAUAGGCUGGGCUCGGGCGAGGGCUUGUGUGUUCGUUGUUGUAGGACAUUUUAGUUCAAUUACUUAUUUUUUUUUGCGAAAAUAAGCUAUGUACGUAACGGUGCAAAUUCAAGUUGUGUUUGUUCACGCCACGAUUAUUCAAAUAAGUUGUUCCAAUUAAUCUACCAGUUUUAGAUCCUACAAUAUCUUUGUCCUAUGAGUCUUGUAGUAAAUAUAUUUCCGCAACUUUCACUAGUGUGGAGCCAAUAAUCCUUCUAUCGCUUAUUUUCCUCCCAACACAUAAUUCGACCCUUUCUAUUUCUUCGACAAGGGUGGUCCAAAGUUACCACCGUUAUCUAUGGUCAAGGCACUUGCCUCUGACAUGGGACACUUUCGAGUGGCUUCUUAAGGUUGUUUCAUGGGGAGACACCCCAAAACCAAUGGUCGGAAGCCUAAGAUAAUUAAUAAAGCAUCCAAAUACUUAGUAAGGAGAAUUCACAAUAACGUAAAAUGAGUUGCAUCGGCUGUACUCAAAUUAUGGGUCGCAAAUAAUAGAUAUUCAUCAAACAUAUGCUCUUUUUUGGCUCAAAAUAGCAGGCUUUGGGCACUAAAUCUCGGCCCAAAUCUUGGUCCGGUCCGAUCAAUGAACAAUUUUUUAAAGGCCUGGUCCAUCCCGACUCACAAUCAUCCAUAGUAAAAGUUAAUUUUUUUUUUGUGUAAGAAUUGUGAAACAAUCUUAACAAAAUAUGUUUCAAGUAUUAAGAAACGAGCAGAUAUACCCCUCAAAAAAAAAAAAGAGCAGAUAUAGGUUAAACAUCUCUAUUCUAUAUGGGAAGAGGGGUAAGACAUCAAAAUAUUAGAAACCCCAUUUUACCCUCAUUACAUCUCUAUUCUAACUGCUUACUCUGAUUAAAAAUAAAAAAAAAACUACUUAAUUAAUUUAAAAAAUAAAAAAAAAGACAUUAUAAAAAAAAACCAUCGAUAAUUCAAAUGUCCCUAAUUUAUUAAAUAUAAUUAACAAUUAAUUAAAUUUUUUACAUCCCCUAAAAAAUUUUCUACAUAUUUUCGCACGCAUCGCGUGCAUAUAAAAAACUAGUCCCAAAAAAUUCCCAGAGGCCACACCCCGCCAAAAAGAAGCAGCAAUAUUUUGCUACAGUGGCAACUGGCAACAAUGCUAUAAAAGAGAGAGUCAUUUUGAAAACAAGGAGACGAACAAAAAUGGCGGCAACAAGCGACGAACAAAUGGAGAACUUGCUCUCCCUCGCCGAUCAAAUAUCCGACGAGUUCGAAAACGGCAUCCACGAAAUUGAAACCCUAAAAUCCAACAUCAAUGCGGAAAUCAGUCAUCGUCAAGCUCUCGAACUAAAUAUCUCAACUUUGAGGCGAGAGAAUGAACGAUUGAAGAAUCUCCAUCUCGAAACCCUAAACAAUUUACUGCUUCAACUGCAACAGAGAGGAAAUUCUCACAGUUUAACGGAGAAAUUGCAGAAACUAACGCGCGAAACAUCCAGAAAGGCAGAAGAUCAUCGAAUUGCUAUGGAAUCGCUGAAGCGAAAUCACGAUGACAAAAUUAGGGAUUUGGAGGCUCAAAUUAGAGUGAAUUUGAGUCAAAAGGCGGCUGAUGAAGCGACGAUUUAUCAGCUACAUCAUGAGUUGAUUUCAGUGCGGAAUCGAUUGAAGGAUGUGGAAGAGAAGUAUCGGGGAGAGAUUGAGGAUUUGAGGGAUUGUAUUUUUGCUGAGCAAGAAGAGAAGAAGGAAUUGAGUAAGAAGGUGAAGGAUUUGGAGAAGGAGUUGCUUGUUUCAAAGGCGAAAACGGUUGAUCAACACUUUUCUUCAUCGGAUAAGCAAUUGGAUAUGCUGAAACAGAAGAUGAUGAAGUUGAGGAAAGAGAAUGAAGUGCUCAAAAGACAGAUGCUUGCUUUUAAAGAAAGCUAAGAGAAGAGAGUCCAGAUGAAGGGACUUGAUAUAUAUUCAUUUCGCUGAAGCAUCAAACAUGAUGAAGAAAUAGCUAACAAAUGCAUACAGCGACGUAAGCUUUAUUUCCAAUUCUAAGAGUUAAUGACAGGUAGUCAGGUACAAACACAAUGUUUUAUUCUUCUUUCAAGAAUGUUAUCACUCACGGUCCUGGCUAUUUUCAUUUUCUACACGUUAAGGUGUAUUUGUUAAGCUACUUGUUAUGAAGUACAUAGUCUGUCCUAAUAGUCAGGCCAAGAGGGCUAACUGCCUUCAUAAUCUGUUGCCUUCUUAAAUUAGAAAGCUUGCUUUGGGUUCUUCUACUUACUGACCGAAGAUAGUAGCUGAAUCCGAGAAAACCAGGAUAAGUUACUCUUAUGUUCAACCCUAGAUAUGCUUAGCCUGCCAGUGCCAUAAGGUUCCUGCCAAAUACUUGAGCAAACAUACGCAAGGAUGCAGACACACAAAAAGUAAAGAGGUGGUCUCCCUUUUGUUUCUCUAUAGAUUUUAACCAAAAAUUAAGCUAGGAAUGCAGAGAGAUCAUAUGCUGUUGCCUCAGAGAGGUUUGGAGGUGCUGCAGAGCUCUUCGCCCUUAGCGAUUACCAGAGACUGUGGUUCCUUAUGCUGCAGAAGAAGGCUAGCUACAAGUGUUGAAGGCGUGUGUUGAGUUUGUUCUGCUCUUUUUAAUGGUUACUUCUGUGAGAUUGCCCUGCAGUUCUUACUAGCUACUUGUCACAUAUUGAAUGUAGUCAUGUACUACUGAAGUUGUAGCUAGCCAGAAAUAAUUGCCAGAAAUUAGACAAAUGCAGUUUGUCUAGGCAACCAACCGUUUGAGUCUUUUAGGAGACUCAAACAGGGGCAAUUUGGUCAUUUUAAGCUUUGGAAAUUUCACUCGCGUGUUGUUUGGUACCAAUGCUAGGUUAGAUUGGUACAUUGUCCGAAAAUUUUGAUACCAAAGUAAGGUUGCUUGGUACCAAUCCUGAUAACAAUGUGAUACCAAUACCAGGUUAUAAUGGUACCAAUGUGAGUGUUUGAGUCUUUUUUGGACUCAAACAGUUGGUUACCAAGGCUUUCUCAGUAUUUGUUUAUCAAGCACUCUGAAGCAUCAUUAUUGUUUUCCUUAGCUUGCUUCUUGCAUAUUUAUGGCAAAAAUGAAAAAUGAGCGUGAGCCGCACACACAAAUAUUAGAAUGACAUGAUGAAUAAAGCUCCUUUUAAAUCUUUCCAUGUGGGACAAGAACCAUUUUGAGGCCAAUUUCCAACAUAC